CUGUUCCGAGGCCCUCCCCUGACCAGCCCCACAUCCAGAACGCCGCCCCUGAGAUACUUGGAAAGCAGAAAUCAUCUUCCCAGCUUUAUUUUCUAUGUGUUGCCACCAAGACUCUGUUCAACAAGGAUCACGCAGGACAGGAGGGCUCUAAACCCUGACAACUGGUGUUUGCUGGUCCUGAUGUCAGUCAAAUCUAGCUCAGGGCCCAGCCCCUCGGAGAAUUCCACCACAGUCACUGCCAGUGACUUUGGAGAGAUCCACAACUGGACAGAACUGAUGUACUUCUUCAACCACACUUUGUCCGAGUGCCACGUGGAGCUCAGCGAGAGCACCAAGCGAGUGGUCCUCUUUGUCCUCUACCUGGCCAUAUUUGUGAUCGGUCUGGUGGAGAACCUCCUGGUGAUAUACGUCAACUGGCGUUGCCCAGGCCGGGCAGGGCUGCUGAACCUCUACGUCCUCAACAUGGCCAUAGCAGACCUGGGCAUUGUCCUGUCUCUGCCCGUGUGGAUGCUGGAGGUCACGCUGGACUACAUCUGGCUCUGGGGCACCUUCUCCUGCCGCUUCACUCACUACUUGUACUUCGUCAACAUGUACAGCAGCAUCUUCUUCCUGGUGUGCCUCAGCGUCGACCGCUACAUUACCCUCACUGGCGCCUCUCCCACCUGGCAGCGCCACCAGCACCGAGCGCGGCGGGCCGUGUGUGCAGCCGUCUGGGUCCUCUCGGCCAUCAUCCCACUGCCCGAGGUGGUCCACAUCCAGCUGGUGGACAGCCUUGAGCCCAUGUGCCUCUUCAUGGCACCCUUCGAAACGUACAGCACGUGGGCCCUGGCGGUGACCCUGUCCACCACCGUCCUGGGCUUCCUGCUCCCCUUACCUCUCAUUGUGGUCUUCAACAUACUGACAGCCUGCAGGCUCCGGCAGGCAGGCCAGCCCGAGGGCCGGCGCCACUGCCUGCUGGUGUGUGCCUACAUAGCCGUCUUUGUCCUCUGCUGGCUGCCCUACCACGUGACCCUGCUGCUGCUCACGCUGCACGGAACCCACGUCACUCUCCACUGCUACCUGACCCACCUGCUCUACUUCUUCUACGACAUCAUCGACUGCUUCUCCAUGCUACACUGUGUCGCCAACCCCAUCCUUUAUAACUUUCUCAGCCCGAGCUUCCGGAACCGGCUCCUGAGCGCUGUGGUUCAUUACCUUCCCAAGGACCAGGCCAGAGCCAGGAGACAUGAAUCCUCCUCCUCCUCCUCCACCCAGCAUUCCAUCGUCAUCACCAAGGAGGGCACUCAGCCCAGUGCAGCCGGCUCCCACCCCCACCCAAGCCUGAACUUUCAGGCACCCUCUUCACCUCCAAAUACCUCACCCAUCUCCACGCCUCUGUCUCUUAGCCAGCUGGGGUAGAUUCCAGUUGUCCUCAGUGAAAUGAAAAGGCUGGAGGUGUAGAUGAGAGAUUUUUUGGGGGGAGAGGGGAGGUCUGAGCACCCAUGGUCAGUUUUAAGUGUGUCUUAAAAUACCGGGGCAGGAAGGGAGAGAGAAUGGCUCCUCGGUGUUGUGCUAUUUGUCUUGGUCCGUGUGUCUAAGAGAGGCAGGCAGUUAAAAAAAAAAAAAAGGGGUGGGUGGGUGAAAUAAAUAAUAGACAGCCAUGACUCUGGAUCUCUGAAAAAUCUGCACUUCCAACUGGGUUGGGAAGGCAACGAAGGCUAAAGGGAUGUUCAGCAAAGGAAACCAGACGCGCUCAUUUCAUAAAUCACCCUGGCCGGAAAGAGGGAGCUCUGCCGGAAUCUCACAAACUUUCCUUUUGCGUUGGUGUGCUUGUUGACUUCCCAGCACACUAUGCAGGUUGUGGGGACAAGGGGGCAGAGGCCAAGGAACCAGGAGGCCCCCGCAGGACAUUCCUUAGCUGUGCAUCCUCAGUGCUGUGACAAACGGCAGGGGGUGGGGACAGCAGGGGCGGGUGAACCCGAGGUCGGAGGCAGGCGCCCUGCAGCUGGGUUGGCAGGAUGAUCUUCCCACCCCCAGCCAGCCAGGAAACGCGGCUCCAUUUCCUUGCCGAUACCCACCCCUUGUCCAUUCUGCUCCACCUCCCCUGGAAGCACUCGGUCAACGCUUCUCACACCUGACCUCCUCCCAGCUCUGAAUCUAGGACAUGCCAGAUUUCUAGGGAGACAGCCUGACAGAAAUCCCCCAUCUCUCCCUUUCCCUUCAGAUCGUAGGAGAACAUCAAGGGACAUCCAUAUCGGAUGUCGCAGCAGGCAGCGACAGCCUCUGUCCCUGCACAGGAAAGGGGAGGCCAAAAGUGGGAACUCAACAACUCUGCUGCAAGGCAGCAUUCUGGCGUUCUUCUAAGUCACUUCUCACCCUUAUUCUUGUUUCUCUCUGGCCAAGUCUUUGCAGAAUUUUACUGUCUAGCAACUCACCUCUACUGACACUUGUCCUAUAGAGAGGCAAAGAAACCCUCUUGUUAACAAGUAGGUCUUCUGGGAAAAGGCUCAUUGAUCAUUUUGGGAAAAUAUGACAGUGACUAUGACAAACUCUGAUUUAAACAAAAAAGCCAAAGAACAGGUCCUAGUUUCUGCCUUCCAGUUCCAAGUCCUUAGCCUCUUAAUCCUGCUGUGGAAUGAAGGCAUGGUGGAUGUAAUCACUGAUAUCUUCUUUUCCGCCUCCUCUGUCCUGCUCAAGUGCUCUGAAAUAUUUAAUUUGGAGUAACUACUCCCUUACCCGGAGAGCUGUCUUCUCUGUUCUCAGACACCUGAAACUGUGUUCACCAGAUGCAUUAACCAUGUGCUUCAAUGUGUAUGUACCCAGGUUUGCCAGGAGCAUGGAGGAAAAUCUGUAUCUGCAAUUGCCCUGCUUAUGGGGCGCAAACCUGGAAGGGUCUUAAACUAUCCUCAGUGGUGCAGAGCUGAAGGUUUUUUGAACCAGGAGAGUCUAGGGUUGCAGUAAAGGCUUAACCUAACAGUGCAAAAACGAUGCAUUGAAAAGACUUCUCCCUUGUUCCCAGGUAAAAACCAAGCCAAGAUCAGAUGCCUGUAUCACAGCCUGCUCUGACUUGGGCUCCAGAAGUUUUCCAAAGGAAACCGAACUUUGCAUUUCUAUCACUUCUCAGAGGCCACUUCCCCAAGAUCUUGCUCUUUUUCCCACAGAUUCCAAUUUGGCAGCCACUUACCCACCUGGCAGCAUGCCUACUUCCUCAGGGCCUUUCCUUCCACGGGAGCGGGGAGAGCAGGGCCUGGCUGUGCAGCUCAGCACUACUGAGCACAGAUGGGACCCAGUGCCGGCCGAGUGCUGACACCAGACAGGCUGCGCCAGUCCCUAGUUUCUCGAGGCCCCCACCUCCUUCUCUCUGUGAAUACAUCUGUAUCAACCUCAUGAAAUUAUGCCAAACCUUUGCCUCCUCCAUUCGAUUCUUCCUUUUUCCUUACUCUCCAUCUGCCCCUCCCCGCUCAAAGUCACACCCAGUCACAGAGAAUUAGAUAGUAUUGGCAAGACAAUUUGUGGCCAACUCUCAGGACUGUCGAGUCCAACUGCCCACUGCCUUCUCCAGGCUGAAAGAAGAUGCCCUCAGGGAUGUUUCCUCUGAAAAAGGCUAGAUCAUUGACUUAAUUUUCCACUAAAAACAGGUUAAUGAAUUCAUCCAGGGAAAUUCCAGCUACAGGAAAGGAAAAUGUGCUAUCUGAAAGAAUUCUGGCAUCUGCUGCUACAAAAAGGGUGAUGAGCCCAGAUAUUCAGAACUCAAGGUAUGAGUGUGUUCACAGCCAAUAGGAAAACAACUUGUCUUUCAAAUUUCCUUUUUUUAUUCUAAAUAAAAACCACAGUUUGUGCCGAACAAUGGAAUAUAAAAGAAUCAGAUGUACAAUGAUUUUAGACAUCUACUAUUUGGGGAAAAAAAGUUUACAAAAUAUACAAAACUUUACAGCAAUAGAUAGUAAACACUUAAAUAUUAGGAGGUCAGUACUUAUUAAUUUAAUGGAAGGAGUCAGACGUCAAAAAACCUUGUCUGCUUC